AUUAAUUACUAAGUAAAGCAUAGUACAUCCAGAGUAACAGCAGAGUGUAAACAGUUUUAAACAAAUUUCAACAUUUAGGAAUAAAUAUAUUUGAGGGAAAUGGCUUUUAAAUUUGUUGCAGUUUUUUAUUUGAUCACCUUGGCUUCAGCGGGAGAUUUUGAGUAUAAUAAGCCCUUGAUAAAUAACCAGGCCUCUGAUACUUACAACACAAAUCCCAGUGAUAAUAGCUUAAGCAGCAAACCUUUGGUGGAUCCAACUCCAGUACAACGUGAUAACCAAGAUCCAGAUUCUUAUAGGACAACACAAGAAAACGAUAGUUCAUAUCAACAGGAAAGCAGAAAUGACAAUCCUUCAUAUUCCUCUUCUCAUGACAAUACAUACAAUCCAUCCGCUACACACACUUAUCAAGCAGCAGUUUCUUCCACGUACAACGAUAACCAAUUUGGUUAUGACUAUAAUCCAGUUUAUAAUCCACCAGCCAAAUAUGAUUACAGCUAUAGUGUAAAUGAUCCCAAGACUGGGGACAUUAAAUCCCACAGUGAAUCUCGCGAUGGUUAUUACGUGCGUGGUGCCUAUAGUUUAGUCGAUCCAGAUGGUUAUAAACGUACUGUCACCUAUACAGCCGAUAAUGUUAAUGGUUUUAAUGCUGUUGUCAAACGUGAACCUUAUGCGGUUCAGUAUAAGGUGCCACUUGAUAAAUAUCAAUCUUCAGAAGCCGUUGAAAGUGUGACAACAACGAAAGAUAGCCAACCUAAUUUAACUAAUUCCUCUCAGGAAAGAGACAGUUAUUCCAGUCCUCCAGUUCAAGAUGGCAAUGGGCCAUAUGCCUAA